AUCAACAAAAAAAACUUUUUUCGUUUUCGUUGUGGUUUCUUGUCUUGCUCAUCACUGCGUUAUUUAUUUAUUCUUCUUUAUACCCAUUUGAAAAUUACUAUCUGUUUGUGAUGGUUUAAUUAAUUAGGGAAAUGUAGUGCCUUAAUGUUUGUUGUGCAUUAAGUGAGUGCAGUGGUUAAAUUCAAUUGUGUUUUCAUCAUUCCGGGCCGAGGAUGAUCUCAUUGACGUUCUGACAUUACAGUUCGUUUUAGCAAGGAUCUUAGUUUUAUUAUUUUUACGAUUGACUAAGUCCAAUGACCUUGUAUUUUUACAAAUAUAAGUAUCGAAAGUGAUUAGUAAAAAUGAAGAAACAGUUCUAUCGAGUUAAACAACUCGCCGACCAAACCUUUUCAAGGUCUGGCAAACCUGAAGCUUUAACAGAUGAGCUCCAAACAGCAGACAGGAAAGUGGAACACCUCCGCAAUGCCCUGCAGCUGGUCAGUAAGAGGCUGUCCACUGGUGCGGGGAGCACGCAGGGCCAGGACCCCGCCGCACGGGAGAAGCGACUCAAGAAACUUCCAGAAUACAUUCUAGGGCUUGCCAUGUUAGAAGCAAGUAAUUUUGAUGAUGAUGACAGCAUCUUAAAAUAUAUUUUGUAUGAGUGUGGUAAAACAGAGAAGUUUCUAGCAAAUGAAAUAGCGGAGCACGAACUGAAGGUGGAACAGCUGGUCUGUUCCCCACUCACGGUGAUCAGCGACCAGGACCUACCUGCCAUCAUGAAGGCCAAGAAACACCUCACACGACUUAUUAGUGAGAAAGAAUCUGCAGCUAACAAAUAUCAUCACCUGGAGCGCGCGAAAGAGGAGAACCCAGCCAAGCUAAGCACCGCCCGGGACGAGCUCGAGGAGGCGGGCGCGCGCGUGGAGGCGGCGCGGGACGCCCUCGCCGCCGACAUGUUCGCGCUCGUCGCGAAGGAAGCCCAACUGGCGCACACCCUCCUGCAGUAUGUGAAGCUGCAGAGAGCGUACCACGAGUCUGCGCUGCAUUCAUUAGCUGAUACUGUGCCGGAGCUCGAGCGGUUUAUUAACGACAGCGCGGUGAAGCCGGUGUUCGGCUACCCGCUGGAGGAGCAUCUCCGCGUGUCGGGGCGCGCCGUGGCCUGGCCGCUGGAGCUGUGCGUGUGCACGCUGCACGAGCUCGCUCUGAGCGAGGAGGGGCUGUUUAGGAUCGCUGGCGGAUCAUCGAAGGUGCGUCGCAUGAAGCUGUCCCUCGACGCGGGUUUAUUCUCCGUGCCGCUACCACGAGACUACCGCGACGUGCACGUCGUGUCCUCAGUCCUCAAGAGCUACCUGCGGGAGUUGCCCGAGCCGCUGCUGACGUUCCGCCUCUACGAGUCGUUCAUGACGGCGAGCAGACAGCCCACGGAGCAGGCCAGGCUUACCGCGCUCUGGGAAACCAUACACCUGCUGCCGGAAGCCAACUUCAACAACCUCAGGUACCUCAUCAAGUUCCUCUCCGCUCUCACGCAGAACCAGAGCACGAAUAAAAUGACACCGUCUAAUUUGGCCAUAGUCAUAGCGCCUAACUUGCUCUGGGCGGCGGAUGAAAGCACGUUUGACAUGAAUGUGGCUACGGUCGUCAACUGCGUCGUGGAGUUGUUAAUCAAACACGCGGAUUGGUUCUUCAAGGACGAUAUAAACUUCUUCAUGACGAUCAGCAAGGAGGACCUGAUCCCCGAGCAGUGCGAGUACGGGUUCACGCCGAGCUUCGUGCAGGGGUUCACGCAGACCGCGGCCCUCGGCCACGACCCCAACUCCAACGGAGAGUGCAAUAGCCUCAGCAAGUCCAUGUACGACUACCACGGGCAGGGCCGCUCGCUGGUCGACGGCACCGGCAGACACUCGAGGAGCAAUAGCCACGAUACGAGCCUUAUACUAUUAGAUAAUGGCAUGAAGAAAGCGCAGUCCAACAGCUCCCUCUCCGACCAGUCUAGUCCGCCGCACGGCAGCCCCAAGCCCAUCACGAGGCGGAAGAACAAGCCGCUCGCCCCCGUCCCGCCAAACUUCACCCCCGACAAGCGCCGCCCCGACCCCGCGCCCGCCCCCGCCCCCGCCGACGCCCCCCGACAAGACAACGAGAAGCCCGCCAAGCCGCCCCGACCAGUCAUCUCCGACACCGGCAAAAUCAUAUCAGGCGUACAGACCAUAAACAGAUCGACCUACAGACAACACAAAGCGUUGAAAGAGGAAGCAGCCAAAAACAGUAGCCGAGAAAACUUAACAGAAUUCCGACGGCAAAGCUUAGAGUUCGAGAAAGACAAAUUCGAUGGUGUUCAGAGCUUAGAGAACAACGAUAAAGACAAAGAGUCGACUUUAGUAGUGAAGAACAUGAGUGCACAGUCGGGGGUGGUGAGUCGGAUGAAGCUAAUGGGGGAAGCGCUAAAUAGUUCAACUGUUUCUCUGACUGACAAGGCGGGUGGUAAGGUUGUGAAGCCGGCGACGCAGCCGCCGCCGCGCCCCGUGGCCGCGCCGCGCACCAUCGUGCCCGCGCCUAUAGACGACGCCGAGGUGACGCUCCGACACAAGCCCGCCGUGCCCGAGCGGCCCGCCACGCUGCGCCCGCAGAGCUUCCGCGCGCCCCGCACCUCCGCCGACUCUGAUACCAACCCGACUGUCUUAGAGCGGACGCACAUAUACUCCGUCGACAAGCACCAGCCCACGCUCAUACAGGUCGGAGGCAACGGCACAGUGGAAAGACCAUCAAAUGAGGUGGAUGAGAGUUCACGCGUGACGGUUCACCGCACGCAUAGCUCGGGCGGUAAGGAUGCAGAGCUUGAGGAACUGAAGGCGUUGACGAGUCAGAGCAGACAGCUGUCGCAGUCGGAGGGCAGCAUCACGGAGUCGCCGGCGUCCCCCCGCGCGCCCCCCGCCGCCCGCCCGCCGCGCCCCUGCGUGCCCGCGCCCCCGCCCCCCGUCGCGCCCGCCCACGAGAGCACAGACCUAUAGCCGACGUUACACACUCACAACAUUCUUCACUAGCUGCAUUAAUCACAUUCGGUGUGGUAAAAACACUAUUAUCAUCAUCAAUUCUUAUAUCAUUAACUAGUACAAUAAGGAAUUGCGUUUUAAAAUAUCAUUUUCACACAAGUGAGACUGACGUUCAUUACUAAAGUGCUUUUAGCGUGGUAACUUAAAGUUGCCGCUGAAAUAUUUAAUAUUUAAGGUGCGUGCUCACAAGGAUAGUGAUUACUCGAUUAGAUUACUUCUAUGUUGAGAGCUAAAGUUGCAAUACUUUUGAAUGUGUGUUUUAGGCUUUAAUCUAAAGAAUUAGUUAUGUAAAGUACAAUUGGCUCUCAAGUAUUAUUCCAAAAGACAUAUCGUUAUUGUCAAAUUAGCUUUUAUGCCGUCACGAGUUGUAUUUAUUAGCGCAUUUUGCAAUCCAUUGUACAAUAUAGGAGUGUUUAAGUCAUUGUGAUAUUAGAACGAUUAAUCACAGAAUCGCUCUCCAGCCGAGCCACAAGGCAAGUUGUGGUCAAUUUGACAUAUUGCUAGUAUGAUUAUAACUUUAGUACAUAUUGUCUCUAUACUAUAUUAUGUAUAGCCACGGUCCAGUAUACUUUUAUUACUCCAGUAGUCACUGUUCAAGCGAGAUUUAACAUUAUUUAAUUUACUUGCAGUGUCAAAUUGACUAAGGGGAGAGUGCACAAACGUAAUUAUGUUUUAUAAUGAUUUAUGUUAGCCAUAUUUUUAUAUUUAUAAAUUGACAUUGCAAAUAGGAUGAACUGCGCUGUUCAGGAAGUUUUUUUCUUAAGCUUAAGUAUGUUAUGUAGUAUUUACGACGUUUUAUGUGAUAUGCAUUUUAUUAUUAUAUACUGCAAGUAUACAUGCUUCUGUUGUAAGUAAUAUAAUAAUUAUAUGCUGAAAAUA